AUGGAGAGCAAGGACCGGAAGAGAACCCGGGAGGAGGAGGAAGAGGUCUCCGUGGAGGAGAAGGAGUUGGAGGGCACCAAGAAGAAGGCCAAGACGGAGGACGUCGAAAAGAGCGAAGCCAACGAAAAGAACGAAGACGAAGACGAAGGCGACGAGGCUGAGGAGAAAGAGAAGGGUCCCCUUCGCGAGCUGCUGCGGCGCACGUGCUGGCUGCCCGAAGUCGCGCCUGCCUAUGACGUCCCGGCCGGCUCCUCCGAAGAUGAUGCCAAAAGAUUGGCCAUCGAGGCGCCUGAGUUCAGGUUCGACCACCGUACCGACCUGACGUGCUUCGGCGGCGUGCGUCCGUGGCUGCGCAAGGACGAAGAGUGGCCGCGCUGCAGCAACAGAGAUUGCACGCACCAGCUGCAGUUCUUCCUACAGGUCGACUUCCGCUUCGCCCCCGACGAGGCCCGCAAACAGUUCGUGGGCGAUGACACCUACGAGCCCUUCUCCAAGGCGGUCCUGCUCCGCUUCGUGCCGCUGCCGCCGGCCGAUCCCACCGCGGGCGCGCCCCGAGCCUUCUCUCCCUCGCCUCGCGCUCCGUCGCCCACUCCCUCGACGCCAACCCCGGUGAAGAAGAACCUGAGCCUGACGGGCCUCGACGAAAAGGUGGAGGACUCGCUGGCGCAUGGGGCGCUGAUGGCCGACGUCGCCGCCAACGAGGACCCCGCGGCGCAGCUGGCCAAGCGGCCGCACGAUGACGUGGCGCGUAACACGGAGAACACCUGCUUCAACGGCCACUUCCCGUUCAAGCGGCUCGUAAGGUGGGUUCCGCGCGACGACUGGCCCGACGCCGACGAGCGCGAAGACGUCGUCGAGGAGCUCGGCCAAGAGGACGACGACGAGGAAGAAUACGAAACCUACUACUCGUGCAAGCUGGGCGGCUGGGCGCCCUGGGUCCAGUCGGUGAGCUACGCGUCCUGUCCGACGUGCGAGGCGGAGAUGAAGAACGUGGUGUUCAACAUCAACGAGGACAACGCAAUCCCGUUCGAUUGGGGCGAUGGCGGCACCGGCCAAAUUCUGCAGUGUCCGACCCACCUCGACGCCCUCUGCUUCACCUGGGCCGUCUAA